AUGGGCCGCAUCCUGGGCCGGAUAGUCGUCGGACUGACCCUGUCGCUCAUUGGCUUCAUCGCGUACUCAAGUCAGAUAUUCAUUAUAUGGCCGUGGUACGGGCGUGAACUCUCGGUUUCUCUGCUCGCUUUGCUUGUACCCUUCAAUGUACUCGUUGGAAUGCUCCUUUGGAACUACUGGCUAUGCGUGACGACAGACCCCGGCACCGUUCCGGACAAUUGGCGGCCCGACGUGAACGCCGAGGACUAUGAAGUGAAGAAACUGACGGGGGCCCCGCGGUUCUGUCGAAACUGUAACAAGUUCAAGCCGCCGCGCGCGCAUCACUGCAAAUCCUGUAAACGCUGUGUACUCCGCAUGGACCAUCACUGUCCAUGGGUUGACAACUGCGUCGGAUUCUACAACUAUGGCCACUUUCUUCGGUUCCUCUUCUUCGUAGAUGUCUCCUGCACAUACCAUGCUAUCAUGGUCACGCAGCGUGUGUUAUCCACUCUGAAUAUGUCCUACUGGGAAGGUCCUGGAACCGUGGAGUUCAUCUUCAUCAUUCUCAAUUUUGUAACUUGUAUACCCGUGCUUCUGAUGGUGGGAGGCUUCAGCCUCUACCACUUCUGGCUUCUCUCUGGCAAUACCACGACUAUUGAGGGCUGGGAGAAAGAUAAGGCGGCGACACUCAUGCGAAGAGGCAAGAUACGAGAGGUCAAGUUCCCCUACCACCUGGGGUUCCGCAGGAAUCUCGAGUCCGUCCUCGGCCCAAACCCCAUGCUGUGGUGUUAUCCUUCCGUACCGCAAGGCAACGGCCUGAAAUUCCAACUCUCCGAUACAGACGGUGUCACCGUGUAUGAAGAUCAAUGGCCCCCUCGCGAUCCAAGCGCGCCACAACGAGACUUUCAGCUGCCGGACUCCCCGUGGACGUACGAGAACGGGUCUUAUAACCCAAGCCUAGCGCCAUCUAACUCUAUGCGCCGCCGCGUGGGAGCAGGGGGCGCCGAUGUGCCGCCGUAUCAUCCAGAUUACGAAGAAUCGUUGGACGGGGAGUACGUGGCCGCAGGCUACGAUUCGGGCGAAGAUGAAGAGGACGAUGAUGCGAUGGAACGCUGGGCGCAGGCGGACUUGCCACGUGUGAGGAGAGGCUCGGAGGGGUACGAAGUACGCCCCAUGGACCGCGAAGAGAUCUUGGCGCGGUAUGUAGCCAGUCGCGGUGCCGAAGUUGGGAGGUACAGGCGAUAUAUACCUGAACCGCCGAGCGAGGAGGAGUCGGAGAGCGAGGAAGACGAGGAGCAGCCUCUUGCAGAUAAGGUUCAGGCAUGGCGAGCGAAGGCUGAGACGGACAAGGCGAAGUAG